AUUAGCACUUAAAACUAGGAGUAUGGCUUAAGGGAGUUGAUUUAGUGGCGUUCUGAAGGCACACAGGCCCACAAUUGGCCUGCACAUUACAAGAGUAUUCGUUCAAUUCGGCGCCUUUUACUGGCAACCGGCAACCUGAUUGCCACCUAAGCGGAUGCAAGGCAACCCGUCAAUCGUCAUGCCCAUCUGCGCGUCUAUUUGAAUCGAGGGCGUGAACUGUGCUGAGCGUGUUUAGCCCUUAUGAACUCUGUUAUGUAAGGGUUGUUUGGCCUGAAGGGUGGAAGUUACCCUCCCUGAAGUCCACAGGCUGCUUGUGGCGUAACUAUACCGGGCGCAAAGAAAUAACUGCCCAUUUUAUUUCGGGGUUUUUCAAGCAAAGUCCUGAAAGAUUUGAUGAUUUUUGUUAAACUUCCAAGUUUUUUUUUAAUUUAAAUUAACAAAAAUACCCUUCUCAGGUUAAAGUACCCCUUCAUGUUGGUGAGCCUGGAUCCGAUCAGAUGUGCCUUACCUCUUGCUGUCAGUGUCAAACAGUUUGGUUUUCUAUCGAGUUUUGAGCUUGCCAGCCAAAACUCCUUCUGUUCACAUGAAAAACGUUAAGUGAAAUCACUUAGGAUGCCCUUAGCGAAUUCUGGCGAGCUGUGGCAGAUUCAGCGCGCCAACACUGAGUCUCAAUCGGGGGAUACAGAUGAAGCGGUUGGGGGCGACGAGGCGGCCGGUGGCUCAAGUGAAAAGGACGUGGAAAUUGACAUGGGGGAGAUAGCGAAAAACGGACAUGAAAAGGCCACCCCGUCCCAAUUCAACCUGCUGAAGGUGCUAGGGCAGGGCUCCUUUGGGAAGGUGUUUUUGGUUCAGAAAAUCGUCGGCAGCGACGCCGGCACUCUUUACGCUAUGAAGGUGCUGAAAAAGGCCACCUUGAAGAUAAAGGACAGAUUUCGGACGCAAACAGAACGCAACAUCCUGGUGGAUGUUCAGCAUCCCUUCAUUGUUAAGUUGCACUACACUUUUCAAACCGAAGGCAAGCUCUAUCUGAUCCUGGAUUUUCUCAAAGGAGGCGAUCUUUUCACGCGACUGAACAAAGAGGUGAUGUUCACUGAGGAGGACGCCAAAUUCUACCUGGCAGAGCUGGCCUUGGCCCUGGACCAUCUGCACUCAAUAGGAAUAAUCUACAGAGACUUAAAGCCUGAAAAUGUGCUGCUGGACUCUGAUGGGCACAUUGCGCUCACCGACUUUGGACUUUCGAAGUUGCCCCUCGGGGAUGUGGCGUACAGCUUUUGCGGCACGGUGGAAUACAUGGCUCCUGAGGUGGUGAGCCGCAAAGGCCAUUCAUAUGCAGCCGAUUGGUGGUCGUUUGGCGUCCUGAUGUACGAGUUGCUGACUGGAGGGCUGCCUUUUGAGGGCCACGAUCGCAAGGAUACGCUCACCCAAAUCCUCAAAGCCAAACUUGCCAUGCCCACCAUUCUCAGUCCGGAGGCGCAAAGUCUGCUUAGGGUUCUUUUUAAGAGAAACCCCGCCAACCGGUUGGGGUCGGGAGCCGAAGGCGCCCAGGACUUAAAGCGCCACGAAUUCUUCGCCACCAUCGACUUUGAUGACUUGUUUGCCAAGAAGAUCAAGCCGCCGUUUCAACCAGUGCUGUGCAGCCGGGAGGACGAGUACUUCGAUGAAGAGUACACGUGCAAGACGCCCAAAGAUUCCCCGGGAAUACCGGUUAGUGCAGACACACACGAGUUGUUUAAAGGCUUCAGCUACAUUGCGCCCUGUCUGCUGGAGAACGGCACCGUUUACAAGAAGUCGAUGGUGACGCCGGUGAACUCCUUCGGCGGCAACACUGGCAACUUCUUCGAUGAGUACGUGUUGAAGGAUUUCUUAGGCGCCGGCAGCUACAGCUACUGCAAACUGGGCGUUCACAAAGCCACAGGUCAAAAGUACGCGGUUAAGGUGAUUUUCCGGUAUUUUAAGCCUGCGACUUUUCCUGCUGAAAGUCCCCUGUUUCAGAUAAUUGAAAAGUCCCGAUGCGACUGUCGAGAGGAGGUGGAAAUUUUGCGCAGAUACAACCAGCAUCCUGGCAUAGUCAGUCUGAAGCGAGUCUACGAAGAUACACAGAGCGUCUAUUUGGUGCUAGAGUUGCUAACGGGGGGCGAUUUGCUGGACUAUAUGGUGAUGAAGGGCAAACUAACCGAACAGGAAUCGGCAGUAAUACUGAAAACCCUGGCCAAAUCCAUAGCGUAUUUGCACGAAAAUGGCGUGGUUCAUCGGGACUUAAAGCCGGCCAAUAUACUGUUGGCCGACCGGAAUGCGCCGGAUAGUGUGCGGAUUUCGGACCUGGGCUUCGCUAAACAGCUGAAAGCCGAGAAUGGCUUGCUGAUGACGCCCUGCUACACAAAGUCUUUUGUGGCCCCCGAAGUGCUAAAGCGUCAAGGUUACGAUGCUGCCUGUGAUAUUUGGUCCCUAGGAGUGAUUUUCUACAUAAUGCUUUGCGGGUGUUGUCCGUUUGGAAUCCGCGAUCCGGACAGUCCCCAAGCGCUGCUCAAGAAAAUGGACUCGGGACAGCUGGACUCUAAUGAGCAAUGGAAGAGCUUGUCAAGUGAGGCGCGAGUUCUGGUUUCCAUUAUGCUGCACGUUUCGCCCGGGAAGCGGCCCACGGCCGCUCAGCUCGACCAACAUCCCUGGUUGAAUUCUCAAAUUGUCCAUUAUUAUGGCCAGCGAUCGAACCAGCUCAAAUCCAGCCAAUCGCAGUUGCAGAUCCACGAGCGCGAGCACACGCACGAUCUGACCAAGCAUUUGAAGAAAACGGUAGAGGCCACCUUCAGGGCAAUAGCGACGUCUCCCGAAAUCGGCCCCUUAGGCCCCAUAGCUAUGUCGGAACUAGCCAGACGACGAUUUUUACGAAACGCCACAAUGUUGCAGCAUCCAACUACCUAACUGUAGGCUAGUAAAAGAUAAAGGUUUCUUAUACCGGGGCCUUGCUGAAACAUACCAGAUUGUGCUUCCAUUUUAAAGCCCCGUCUGGGGUUGAUACAAAAUGGGGCUUAUACUUCCACUCCAAACAUUUGCUAGGUAAGUGCUCUAAAUCAAUUUCCAACUGUGAAAGCCCGCGACUUCUUCGAUUAUCUUGUAGUUUUACGCAAAGAAACUGAUUUAUUUGUAAGCAUUUUGUAACAUAAUUUAUGUGCAUUUAACGUUGAGAUGUGAUGUAAGUAUUCGUGAAUGCCAAAACUAGAAUUUAAAUGAUGAUUGUUAGUUGAUUAAGGACAGAUGGUUCAACUUGAGGGUGAGGUUCAUAUCAAGAGUUCUUUUUCUUCGAUUCCCCUUGAACUUACUUAUACGCUGGCUCUAUUUGGGAGGGCUUUAAAAGCGCGAUUACAAAUUAUGUAAAAUAAGUGUAUUAUAGUUGUUUAUAACUCUAGAAUAGGCUGUUGCCAUACAGAUUGCAGUCAAUUUAUUGUCUAAGUAGUUUGUAGCGAAAAACCACUUCUACUACUAUUGUAGCGAAAAACCACAACAAAUUCCUUAUUUGCGCGCCGAGUUUUUGGCCCGCCUUGAAUCGACGUUAUUGAAAUGUAUUUUUUAUACAGUGUUGAACUUUUUGUUGAUAUUUAUCCUGUUGAUGUUGUUAAAUGUAUAAAGCAUAAAUCGGGGCGUUAACAGUAUUCCAUGUAAUUUAUUAUACAUAGUUCAGCUUCUUAAGAUGGAACCAUUUGGCUGGGCAUUUGCAACUGAUGAAAGUGUGCAUCUGUAUCGUAUUAGUCAAUGCGAUUAUCAGUACCUCAUUCACUUGGAAAAUGCAACAUUCACGGUUCAAGUCCAGUGGCGUUUUUAGUUGAAAGAAUAAGCCAUUGGUUCAAGUACCUACUAUUUUAUUAAAUUCUUUUGCAUAUA